AUUUUUAAUAAAAUAGUAAGAUGAGAGUUCGAAUCAAGUUGAGUCAUGUUCUCAAAAUAUUUCGACUUAUAAAGAGAGGCAUGAUGAAGAUCAUAGAGUAGUUGGUCUAAGAUUAGGUUUAAUCUCGGACCAAGGGAGAUCGCUAUGAAAACUCUUGAAUGCUUCACUUGCAUUUUACUAACACCAAAAUGUCACCUUUGCAUAGUUUUCUCUAGCUAUCCUUAACUACUCCGAGUCGUGAUCCUUCUCCAACUAUUAAAGUCCCCCUCUACCCUUCCAACUAUUAAAGUCCCCCUCUACCCUUUUCGCUACCCUCAUAGUCAAAUUGGAUGUGGGUGCAUUGUUGUCUCUGUCACUUAAACAUACAAACAUUUCCUUAUCGUCAAGCAAACACCAUUGGCUAAGGACUGCCCUAACAACCUUUGGCAAAGUUAAAAGGGGAGAUCAAACCUUUGCCCAUGAACAUAUUCCUUUGCCCACGAGGAAAAAGAAGAAGAGAAGCAAUCGUAGUUUGUAGCUCCUAAAACCUUAUAAUUCAUGUGCGGUCCUGUCAACAAGUUGUUGAGAUGGAAUCAAAGCGAAUAAAGUCGCGAAGAGAAGAACUAAUUCUCAAGUACAAACCUUUGAGAAAUCCUCCCACAAUCUUUAGAUCGUUAGACUAUCACAAUGUAGCCAAUGGAGAAAGAUUUGGUGGUGAUGUUGUUGUUGUGAUGUUGCACUCCAACAGCUAGCAAUGUUUCUUGCAAUUGCAUAAGUCGCUUUAAAACUUGGCUUGCCUUCUAAGCAACAGUGUCAAAAUGUUGAUCGAUCAGUGGCUUCAGUUAACCAGCAGGGAACAUCGAUCAGUUGGUUUGUUGCAUGUUUUUUUAAAGACAUCCGAUAUGUUAACUUUGUUAUUACUUACAAGACUACGUUGAAUUGGUAUAGAUACAAAGGGUAUGAGUUAGUUUUGCUAAGGUAGACCUCGAGAAGCUAGGCCAUCUUGUCUAACCCAAGUUCACCUUGCUCGAAUCCACUUAACGUCGUCAAACUUUAAACCUCAUUAGCUACAAACACAAUGUAGCUCGUUUACUAUAACUCUCAAAAGUUCCAAGCGAUUUUUAACCGCAAACUCGUCCGUCUCUACCUUAGUUCGCGUCUAGGUCCGCCUCGCUCAUCUCCGUAUCAACUUGUCCACUUCUUUAACCCGAAGCCUUCAAGCCUCCUUCCUACUUGUCUACUCCCUUUCCAAGUCUAAAUUGACUCGGUCGAACCCCUUCCAUCUCGAUAGCUCCUACUCAACGUCUCUCAACCAAAAUCAGUUUGCUCUGUUUCUAAGAUAACCUUUUGCCACCAGACCUGGAAGGUGUGAUACAUCCAACAAAACACACGAAGGUGACAUUUUUCCUAAAAUUAAUUAUUAUUUUUUCUUUAAUUUAUUUUUUUAAAACUAAUUUUUUAUAUUGUUUUUUAAAAGAAAUAAAAAAGAAAAAAAGGAAUAUAAACAGAGUGACAAAGUUUGUGCAGUCUUGAAGUAGAACAGAGCAAAGGAACUGCUUCUUUACCAUGAAGAUGAAGUUCUUCAGCCUUCUCUUCUUCCUUGUCUUCUUGUCAUUACUCCCGUUCUCCCAAUCCGGGCGCUACAACGCCCUCUUUAACUUCGGCGACUCCCUCUCCGACACCGGCAACGUCGUCAUCGCCGGCCUACCCUACGGCAUGACCUACUUCGGGAAAGCCACGGGGCGCUGCUCCGACGGCCGUCUCAUCAUCGACUUCAUCGCCGAAGGCAUCGGGCUGCCGCACCUGCCGCCCAACACCGUCGCCAACGCCAGCUUCGACCAAGGCGCCAACUUCGCCUUCAUCGCCGCCACCACCCUCCCGUUCGCCUUCUUCCAUGAGCGCAACCUCAGCAAGGGGCUCUGGGUGAACGCCUCCAUCCACGAGCAGAUCGACCGGUUCCAGAACCUGCUCCCCUCCAUCUGCGGUUCGCCGCAAGAUUGCAAGGAUUUCUUGAGCGGAUCGCUGCUGGUGGUCGGCGAGUUCGGCGGAAACGACUACAGCACUGGCCUAUUUGCCAGCCGGACGAUUGCUGAGGUGAGCACUUUCGCGCCGUCGGUUGCCGCAGCAAUCGGAGAAGGCAUCGAGAGAUUGAUCGGCCUCGGCGCUGUCGACCUCAUCGUGCCGGCGUUGCUUCCGGUGGGCUGCUUCCCGCUGUACCUGACGCUCUACAACACCUCCGACUCCGACGACUACGGCCCCCGGACCGGCUGCAUGCGCCGCCACAACGCCUUGUCCUGGUACCACAACAAGUUGCUCCGCCGGCAGCUCGACCAUCUCCGUCUGAAGUACCCGGCCGUCUCCAUCCGCUACGCCGACCUCUACUCCCAGGUCUUCGACUUCGCCGUCAAUCCCCUCAAAUACGGAUUCAGAGACGGAGCUUUGAGGACUUGCUGUGGGGCGCCGGGAUCCGGGCGGUACAACUUCAAUAUGCGGGCGAAGUGCGAUCAGAAUGGCUCGAGCGUGUGCCCCGAUCCGACCACGCACGUGAGCUGGGACGGGAUCCACAUGACGGAGACCGCCCACCGGAUCAUCGCCGCCGGCUGGCUGCAUGGCCCUUACCUCGAUCCCCCAUUUUGAGCUCCGGCGACAAGUGAGGCAGCGAGACUCUGCAUGCAGAAUCUUGUUCGGUUGGAAGUUUGCAUGAGUUUGUGAGAAAUGAUAGAAACGAAUUAUAAUUUUGAUGUUUUUAGAAAAAAAAAAGUAAUAUCAAUCUGUUUAUCUAUGGCUAAAAAAAUGAAAAAAUUGG